AUGAAACUUCUAAUUCUUGGCGUUCUCCUAGUGAAUGUGGCGCUUAUUAUGGUAAGUUUUUCGGAGGGUUACUGUAAUUUUUGGUUAGAAAUAUUUAAAUUUUGUAUGCGAAUAGGGCAUAUGCCGCUUUUGAGUUCCUAAACGGAGAUAAUUUUUCGGCAGAGAGAAACUUGACACACCAGGGAAAGACUUGGCACCAACCUGCAGCACGGGCCGAAAUAUUCAGCGAUUUUUUUUUCUGAGAGAUGCGGGAAAAGCGAAUAGAGGACAGAGAGAAAAACGCUUUUUUUAAUGCUUAUGCCAAUUUCGCACGGGAAAAAAUUGAUUUUUUGAAAGAUUGCACUUUAGAAGUUUGCCAAAUAACUUUGAUCUAUGAUUCCUACAAUCUAUUUAUAUUUAACUUCAGGCAGACAAAGAAGAAGACAAGGUCCCAUCUUUAAUCGAAAGCAUCAAGGGCAGCUUCAAGCAAAUGUCUAAGAGCUAGUAAGUCGAGAAUGUUUCCUAAGUUCAACUUACACUGGCGGACCGGGCCUGACUUUCAAAAAAUUCAAAACUGUCUGGGCUGGGCCGCGAAAAUUGACCCAACCCGGCCCUACAAUGAAAAAUACCGCCAAAAAUAUUGUUAGAUAUUUUGAUUGGGCUUGUGAGCUGAAAAUUAUUUUUUCAGCGACAAGUGUGAAUGGAAAAUUGAAGGUGGUGAGGCGGGCUUGGAGAAGUUCUACAAACAAGCCUUCGAGGAAUACCGAGCCAAUAAAGAAGGCUCAAAGACCGUCUUCAGCUGCACCCUUGUUAAAGAUGGGCGCUUCAACGGAGAUUACCUUCAGAUCGAAUGGGGACCGAAAAAACCGCCAACCAGUAUCUCUAUUGUCGGAUAA